CGAAGGGAGUCCUCAUCCGGGUUAGUCCAGAGAAAAAUGGAGGUGUUUCCGGAGGCAGGUUGAUGUAACUAUAACAGAUGCAGUAUAACUAAAAAAGGUGUAUAACUACUAUAACUGAUUCAGUAUAACUAAUGAUGGAGUAUAACUAAUGAUUGUGUAUAACUACUAAAACUGAUGCAGUAUAACUAAUGUGGAUGGAACUAUAAGUGUAACUAUAUCUGAUGCAAGAACAAUCUGUCAUAUCAAAAUGAGUUCCUUAUGUUUGAUUUGUGAUGAACAAUUUCAAAGAUAUGAAUUUUCCUACAAAAGAAUGUCCUUGGCCGCUAUAAAGAAGGAUAAAAAUCUGAAUGGAAUGCUACAACCUAGUUUUUCUCAGCUUGAUUUCAAGAAAUGUUUUAUUUGUCACAAUUGUGUGAGGCGUUAUAGAGAGGUGGUAAAGCUGAAAAGAGACAUAUUUCAAACCCCAACUUGUACCCCAAAGUCAAAAAGGAAACCUCCACAAAGUCCAGUUUAUAAGCCGUCAUAUCAAACUAGUGCUACGUCAAGACAUAUAGACCAUACAUACUCUACAAUAAGAACCCCACCAAAUAAAAGAAAGUCAAAUUCAAAACAGUUCAAAUCAAAAUCACAAAGUAACUGA